AUGAAUAUUUCGGAAUAUAGAUCGGUCAACAGUUUUUUCAUCUGGAAAUCAUUUGUCUUCUAUCAUUAUGCAAUAAUUAUUAUCUACGCUUUAAGUGUUUUCAUAAUUUUUCCAAUAUUUGUUCAUUUCACAAAAAUCAAUAGGGAAAAAGACGAGCAAGUUAGUAUUUCUCAAAAAAUUCUACCACAAAAAAUGAAGAUGUUUUCAGUCCUCAAUUUAUGCGAUAACUCAUCAUUUGUAUAAAAUCACGGUGGUCUCACAAUUUACAAUAACUUUGACAGCAGUUUCAGUGAUUAUUGUUAUGUUUUUCUUGGGGGAAUUUGAGAAAAUAGGUGGUAUUGUUUAUUUGGCAUAUUUUAUUGUUGUUCUAUCAAUUGUGAUACUUUAUAUUUUUAAUCAAAUAGUUGUUCCGAUUCAAAAUCUUCUUAUAUUUCUUCUGGCUCUUCAAAGAUUCCUAUUAUAUUUUUAUCCAAAUUCCGAAAAAUAUAUAGUUCCAAGUGAAAAAAGGUUCAACGUCAUUAUGAAAUGGCUAUAUUUUAUAUCAAUUUCCGCAAGUAUUUUCAAUUUUAUAACCAAAGCUCAAUGCGUCUGGAGUUAUUUAUCUGCUUCUGAAAAUAUUAGUCAAUGUUCGUAUUCAAUUAUAGUUACUGUAAGCUAUUUGAUUUUCUAACAAAUAGCUUAUGUAUUGAUAUUCCAGGUAAUUUAUAUAACCCUGGACUUGCUGGUAAUAUUCUCAUCAAUUUUUUACAUCUGCAUUCUUAUAAGUGUUCGAAAAAUCACAAGUAUGGCUUCAGAAUUCAUGAAAACCCGCCCAGAAAAAGCAAUCCUCUAUCAAACUUUAGUGUUGAUAAUUGUAAAACUGUUAAGCGUUCCAUUGGUAAUUAUGGUAUUCAUAUUCAUUACAGUAGGAUUUGAGCAAACUCUAACUACGAAUACAGUUCUAGAUGCGGUACGUUGCGUUGCGUGA